GAAAGGUGACGAGCGUUCAGCCCAACCGAUUGUGCGCUUACAAAUUAAACCCCAAAUCACUUUGUAUCCGACUAUAAACUGAGCCGCGGAACGCCAGACAUUCCAACGUGCCUUUAUCACAGAAACAUAAACCGCCGGUGCGAGUUUGUUUGAGGCGACCACGCAGUUUAUUUGAUGUCAAACACCCUGCAGAGGCGGAGAUGGUUUGGUCUGUAGUAGGUGGGACUGCCGAGCGGUCUGCAGCAGGACGUCGUAGAUCAAUGAACCGGACCGAAGGGUUGGUCCAUCGCCUGGUGUGCAUCUGACUGGAUGAGUCAGUAUACGCUACCUAUGCAGGACCGAGGCUUAUUUUUUAUACUGUUAACCAGCCCGUUCAGUAUGUUUUAAACCGACUGGCUAUUUCAUAGGGCCCCCCUACACCGCUUGGAUUCCGUCUCUAGUGGCUCCUCGUCGCGUUUUUUUUGGGGAAAUAAAAUAAAUCUUCAGGAUGAUCUUCGCAAACACAGGCAACCCGCUGAAGACAGCCAAUCGUAAACAGUCCUACCCCAUGACUCCGUCCAGUCCCAGCAGCAGCAGCAACAGCAGCAGUACAGGCCUGGAGCAGCUCAGCAAAACCAACCUGUACAUCCGCGGCCUGCCUCCUGCCACUACAGACCUGGACCUGGUCAAACUCUGUCACCAGUAUGGCAAAAUUCAGUCAGCAAAAGCAAUCCUGGACAAGACAACCAACAAAUGUAAAGGUUAUGGCUUUGUGGACUUUGACAGCCCUGCGGCUGCUCUGAAGGCAGUACAUGCUUUGAAAACCAGCGGCAUACAGGCCCAGAUGGCCAAGCAACAGGAGCAGGACCCCACUAAUCUGUACAUUUCCAACUUGCCUCUCUCUGUGGAUGAGAAAGAGUUGGAAAACAUGCUGCAGCCCUUCGGCCAGGUCGUCUCCACCCGGAUCCUCCGAGACUACAGCGGUAACAGCCGAGGCGUGGGCUUCGCCAGGAUGGACACGACAGAGCAGUGUAAUUCAGUCAUCUCCCACUUCAAUGGGAAGUUUAUCAAGAUAGCUUCUGGAACUCUGGCUCCCUCUCAGCCCUUGCUGUGUAAGUUUGCAGACAGUCAAAGGAAGAAACAUGCUCACAGCGGAUUUGUUCCCAAUGGACAUACAGGGGAUCUGAGACUAGGUGCAAUGACUCUUACCUAUGACCCCUCCUCAGCGGCUAUACAGAAUGGGUACUAUCCUUCUCCUUAUCCAAUGAGCAACAGGAUAAUGACGAUGCAGCCUGCGAUGUCUCCCUACAUGUCUCCAGUCUCUGCUUACCAGGUACAGAGUCAUUCUUGGGUGGCACAUCAACCAUAUAUCAUGCAACACCCGGGUGCUGUGAUGUCUCCCUCUGUGGAUCCCUCCAUGUCACUGCACCCUUCAGCCAUGAUUACUCAGCAGAUGGGCCAGCUGUCACUGGGAAACAAUGGAGCGUAUAUUUCAGCCAACCCUGGUGUCCAGGGAGCUUACAUGCCUCAGUAUCCUCCCAUGCAGGCAGCAGCUGAAAACGGCACGCCGCAACAAGUGGAUUCUUCCAACAACUCGUCUCCUUAUAGUCAACUCAGCAAGUAAUCACAGUUUUAGGCUUGAUUCCCGCUCUGUGAGCCAGAGGGCAGGUGGGCAGGUUGCCAAUGACAUCCCAGGGGUAACAGUCACCGCCUUCUCUGAUUGGACCAGAUACAUGAACUUUUUUGCACAGCCCCGAUGUUUGUGGUGGAAAAUGAGAACAGUGUAAAUGGACUCAAGCAGUUGGCUAAUCACAGAAAAAAAAAAAAAAAAAAAAAGAUUUAUUUUGAUAAGAAACAACAUGCUCUUUUUUCCCCUCUUUUUUCAAGGAUUCUCAAACAAAUGCCAGAGGACCCCCACCCCUCCCCCAGUAUGAUGUAAUAUUAAAAUGCAUGAGAUUGAGAUAGUCCCCCCCCCACACACACACACACCUACAAGAUUUCUAUGAUUUUAUAGAUCCUUUAUUUGUGAUAUAUGAAAGAAAAAUUUGCAAAACCUUGUUUGCACUGAAGUUUAAAGUUUCAGAAUAUCCUCAUUUUGCUUUUCAAAGUCGCCACAAAAUAGCUUACAAAAUCAAAUCAUGUUCAACUGCAAUCGACAGCUGAUACAGGUGGCCAUUUCAUUAGGUAAUUAAUGCAUUUAUUAUUGGAAAAGGUGCCUUCCUUACGUCACAUCAAACAUUCUCCAACAUUUCUUUCAUCGAACUUGAUCAGGUGUCAUAUUUCAUAUCUGAUUAAUCAAACGUGUGUGUGAAAUCAUAGAGAUUUCCAUUGAGUGUUUCGCUAUCUAGUCUUCUGGUAGCAAUAAAGACAAUGAGAGUCCCACGGCAAUACUGAGAAAAAAGAACGGUGACAGACUCAGAGUAAGGUAAUUCCUUAUUUUCCCUCUUUCCUUUUUUUUAAAAAAUCUUCAAGACGUGACAUGAAAAAAAAGAGCCGUACUUUUAUGAAAUUACAAGUUUUACACCCAAUGGACAUCUUUUAGGAGGUUUUUUUCGUUCUUCUUGUGGUCAGUUUGACCAAUGAUCUACCUCAUUAGUUCUGCUGGAGUCUGCUGGUGUUAUGGGGUUUGCAGGUAAAGCCCCCUUGUUCACCAGAAUGGACGAAGCAGAACAAAAGCCACGCUCAGGAGCUGGCUAAAUAGGACUUCUGCCCGUCUGUCUCCCACAUGCAGCGUUUCUCUUCCUGAUCUGUAAAGAAACAUUGUGCUUUACUUCGUCUUUAUUUGUCAUUUCUUCUGUUCUGGUGUUUCUUUUUCUCACUACGAUGAGCGUUGUGUGGUUGUGAGGCUCCAUUUUAGAGAUUCAAUGUAAGACAACUACUAGCUACUCCUUGAAAUAGUUGGUUUACAAUGUGCUUGAAACAAAUGAAUGCAGGCUACGUGCAUUUAUUUUGUACAUUCUUCUGCCUUUGCCAUUUUAGACAAAUCUUAGAUGACUCACCACUUCCCCUUACCUUUUCUCUUUUUCUUAUAAUAUUGGGUUACACUGCUCUCCAAAAAUAACGCUAGGAUUUGGCCAAAUUGUGGUCAUUUGGUUAUACAGCAGCUUAAUUGUGUACAUGCCAAACAAUUUGGAUCUCAAAUCUUGCCUCAUGCAAAAAAAAAAAAAAAAAAAAAAAUGCAACAAUCAUGUAUGAAGUACUUUAAAAGCAGCAGUAUUUUACAAGAAUUUGAUGGAAGUUGAGGUUGGCGUGUUCAGAAUAAGAUUUGUAAAAAUAUAUGCGUUCGGGGCCAAAAGUGAAGAAUAAGUGAGUUGUAUUGUUUGCUUUGCUUUUUUUUCUUCAAAUUGAUUAUUUCUGAUGUAAGAACUCUACACUACUAUGAGACAAGAAAAAUGGUUGAAGCUGUAUGGUCGCGGUGCUUUUCCCCGAUCAAUAGUACUGUAGCAGUAAACGCUCACCUUUGGAAAAUACAAGCAGUAACCUGCUUUUACUGAGUGUGCUUUCCCAUUCUGAACUUUUGUUGCUGCAAAAAAAAUUUUAAAUGAAAAAAAAAAUUGUGUACAUGUUAUCCUCAUUGCUUCCCCUGUCGCCUUCAACUAAUUCUCAAGCAAUCUUCUCCUUGCUCUUUCCUUUGAAAACAUUGGAAUAAAAACAGUGCUGAAUAAAAGGCUCUUCUCUUUCUCAGAUACGACUCGUGUCUCUUACAUUGACUGGUCUUUUUGGUAUUGCACGCUUGGAGUUUAAAGGAUAAUUUUGGUGUUCUUCUAUAUUUUUCUUAAUCUUACCAGUAAUGCUCUAAUCCAUCUCUCAAUACUUUCCAACCUGUAUGUGGGACUCAGGCCGUGUAUUCAUACUAUAAAACUGGUAUAGUUAAUUUAAAAGAAGAAAAAAAAGCUCAACUCAAACAGGAGUAAAUAUGGCAAUUUGGGUGACUAUAUUUGGCUGUGGAUGAAUAAACAUUUGGUGCUCUAUAGUGAGUAUUUACAUCCGCAGUGUAUGUGGAAUUAACUCAAAAUAAAGUACAAUGCCUAUGUUCACUGUAAUGAAGGAACAUGUCACCCAGUGCAUCAUGUGUCUUUGAUUGUUUGACAACUAAAAAAAUAUAUAUUAUUCUCUAGCUAAUUGAUUUUAUAGCCUUAAUCACAGGCAAGUUUAAAGAUUUACAGACUUAAAGGGGUACUACAGCAAUUAAGUACUGCACUUUUUUACACAGGGGGAACUCCGUGUAAUCUGUAUUUAGAGACAGACCAUGAUAUCCUCACUUUAAAUCCCUUGUGUCACUUUAAAUCCCUUGUGAGUCAAGCUGCAGAAGUGUUCGAUCCUACAAUUUCCAUUAUGCAGCUCAUACAUUUUUUUAUUCUUCAUUUCCUAGUAAAAGCUUGCAACUUUCAAACUCUGCAACUCCAGUUUGUAACCCAUGCUUUCCAUUAAAAUGUCUCCAACCCAAAGCCAAAAUAACUUUGUUUUUAAAAAGUAUGGAUAGCCUUUCCUCGAGACCGCAGAGGGUGAGGGGUGGCAGAGGCUUUUUGUUCUUGUUCAAUUUUUGUUUCUCUGUUCUGUGCACCAUCUGAUAUUACCUGGCACAUAUUGUGGAAUUUGAUCUUUAUGUCUAAAUGAUAAAUGGUGCUAAUAAAAAAUGUAUAUAUUGAUCUCC